AAUAUACAUAUUUGUACACAACUGUUUGUUAAGACUUCUGUACUGUUAAUUUCUUUUCAGGAGCUGUUUAACUGCAGACGGGUUCUUAUCAUUGGAAGUGGAGUUAUUGGUCUGACGACUGCUUAUCUACUACUUGAAAGAGGCUAUGGUGUAACAAUAAUAGCGAAAGAUUUUCCUUCAACCCGCCAUUUACCAAAGAUCUCCUCAGAAGCCUCAGGGGCAUUAUGGGUUCCUCCUGAAAGGAUGGUAGAGCUUGUAAAGAAGUCAUCAAUUGUUGUAAAUCAAGCAGGGGAAACAGCACUGGAUCAAACACUGAAGGCAUGGUCUGCCUAUGGAGAAGAGAGGUACAUUCCUCUUUGCAAAGAUUCAAGAAACACUGGAGUGUACCUGAGAGAAGUCGUAACACUUUUUAAAGAAAAGAUAGACCAAGCUUGUCUGGAGGGUUACAAGCAGAUAAGAGGAUUUCAACAUUCAUUUUCGGUUGUAAAGGACAAAGGUGUGAGUGAUUUAAAUGGACAACUAAAAGACGCCUUUUCUUUUGUUGGCCCAGUCAUUGAUCCACAGCAAUUUGGGACAUGGCUUAUUCAGGAAUGUACAAGAAAAGGUGCCCAAUUUAUACAAGGUGCCAUUAGAGGAUUACUUACAGAACAAGCACAUGCCCUUAAGAUGACAUAUGGUGUUCAGUUUAUUGUCAACUGUUCAGGGUUGGGAUCCAUAGAGAUAGCUGGAGAUAGAGGAAUGUACCCUGUAAGAGGUUCUCUCUUGAUGGUAAAAAAUGAUGGCAGUCUGUUUCCCAAGAUUGACUUUUGUGUUGCUACAGAUCAUACCAGCUUUGGCCUUGAUGAGGCAGGGCAGGAGAUUCAUGGUGCAGCAUAUAUUUUACCAAGAGGUGCAGAUAGAUUAAUGCUUGGUUCAUUUUAUCAGCCAAACCGAUGGGAUCACGAUUUAUCUAUUUCUGCUCCGUAUGUACAAUCUAUGCUGAGACGAUGUAAGGAACUCUGUCCGCGCCUCAAUGUACUAAAAGACAGUGAUAUUCAGGUCACGGUUGGCAUUCGCCCUGCAAGGAAGCAUAAAUUUCGACUAGAACAAGACCCUUAUAAGCCAUGUAUUUUUCAUAACUAUGGUCAUCACAGGUGGGGAAUGACGUUAUGCUGGGGCUCAGCAAGAGAUCUUGUUAAUCUCAUUGAUAAUACUGCGACCACGAUUGCCUGUUCUAAAGCCCAGCAUUUGGCAAAACUAUAACUGCACAUACGAUUUAAUAUCAGACAGAUUAUGUAGACAUGUAUUUUUUAUGAACUCUUGUGUGUGGUACCAAUCUAGCAGAAAAUUGUGUACUACUCGCUACUAAGGUAACAAAAACAAAGUCGAGUGGACUAUUCAAUAAAUUAUACUCCCAAUCUCGAAACGGGCAAAAUGACGUCCAUUUGAAGUUUUUUUUGUCUACUUCUU